AUGGCUCAGCAAAGCGUACCCGAUAACGUCCUUGAAGCUCCCCUUCAUUUUAUCAAUCGAGACAAGCUAUGGGACACAGUCAAGCCAUAUAGCUUCCAGUACUACCUCAAGGAAGACUUUCCGAGGACCAAUGUCAAGCAAACACCCAUACCCAUCGAGCUUAAGAGCAUUCGAGACCAGAACCCACCGCCGUCUCUUGAUGCGCAAGGGUUUGCAGUUCAUGAGCUCGAAACGCGGAUGCAAUACGAGGACUUUGCAGACGAGAAGACAAUCGAAGGUAUAUACUGCAAGGAACUGGAGAAAUACUUCCUUGAAGCCUUGGGCGCCAAACACGUUCGAGCUCUGGACUACCAGGUUCGGCGACGGGAGGAAGCAUUUCCAAAGUUGAAAGGCAGAAUCCCAUUGACGCCCCAGCCUAGCCUAAUUACGCAUGUCGACGUAACUCCACCUGCUGCCCAAGCAAUCAUCGAAGAGUUAUACCAAAGCACGUCUGAUAAGAUUCUGCAGUCGAGAUACCAGCUUAUCACGUGGGUGCUACGUCUUUCAUCAUUUAAAUCCAGUAUGCUAAGAUACAAGAAUGCUCCCAGGGUCUGGCGUCCGCUCCGAGUGCCAGUAAAGGAUUGGCCGCUCGCUAUUUGCGAUGCCACCACUGUGGACAGAGAUGAUCUCAUAGCUUCGGACGUGCUAUAUCCCAACUUCAUUGCUGAGAACCACCUUAUACACCACAACGAGAAGCAGAAAUGGUACUGGCUUCCCGAGCAGACGGACAAGGAGGUGUUGGUUUUCAAGGCACUGGACACAGGCUGCAGUACUUCUUGGCCAUGCCCUCAUGGUGCAUUCCCCCUUCCGGAUCAGAGCUCGGGCCGGACAUUAAGGGAGAGUAUUGAUGUACGGCUAUUGGUCAUGCAUGCAGAAAUCGAUUAUCAAUAG